AUUGGACUCUUGUAGUCCGUCUCCCCACGCUGCUGCUGGGGGACUUUUUAACAUAGGCCUCUGCCUGUGUAUGGCCUUCAAUUGAAGCUGCUUCUGCUCCGCCACUCUGCCAUUGGACUCUUGAUAGUCGUCUCCCCACACUGCUGCUGGGGGGACUUUUUAACAUAGGCCUCUGUAUGGCCUUCAAUUUAAGCUGCUUACGCUUCGCCACUCUGCCAUGGGCCCCUGUACCGCCUCCUCUUGCUGCUGCCAGGUCCAGAGUGUGUCAUGGGUCCCUGUACGGCCCUCCCAUUCCUGCUGACUUCAUCGCCAGACUCUGCCAUGUGCCACUUUCAGGUCUCCUUACACUGUUGGUGGGUUCCAUUUUGUGAUAGGGUGCUGU